AUGGCUGCAGUCAGCGCUCUGGGGAUUCGAAGAGGCGAUGCCUUCGAUCCGCCACAAUCGUCCAUGCUGGCAGUACGACUUGCAAGGAAUGAUGAGCCGCUUCAUUUGAAUCAGGCUAGCUUCAACCAAUUGCUGGAAGAAUCACUCGGCAACGACGAGAACGACCAGCCGAAUCUCGGAUCCGAUGUGGCCGUGAAUCUCAAAGUCAUCGAAAUCGUCAUCAAGGCUGGUGUCGAUUCACACCUGCGCACCACGAAUGACGAUCCGUUUCGAGCAAACGGUCACCAAUUGGCAGACCAUACUCAAUUUCUGAUAUGUCUGCAAGUGAUCAAGACAGCAGUUGAACGCUCGCCGGGAGUCCUCUUCGCCCGCACUAUCGCUUCAACGUACGGCAAAGAGGCAGGCGAGGUACCGCUCUAUCUUUGGCUCCUUCCCAGGUUGAUCACAGCUCUUGCGCCUUCCUCGCCCAGCGACAAGGACCUUACUGUGUCCCAACUACUUUGCACCUGUAUUCAGCAUGCGUCUGGCGAUUUGUCGAGUUCGAACAGCACGGGUGUCGCAGACUUCCUCCUCGGCUGCAUUUCCGUCCUAAUCCCUUACGGCUCACGAAUACUGUCACGGGGCAAUGGCCCACUGCCCGAUCUUGACGACGAUGCCUUUAGCCAGCGUCUUUGGAGGAUUCGCGCGUUCUGUCAUGGACUUGCCUCCAGGUUCAAUUUCAAAUCCGGUCAUCACCUCCUCCAUGCCGCCACAGUCGUCUUAAAGAUCUUGGCUGGCAUGCACAAAACGCCAGACAUUGCGGCACAAUUCCGGAAGACUCUACAGCUGCUGCAAGACACUCUGGACGAUUUGCCAGAGUUGGUAUCUAAUGGAGACGGCAUAAGUCAACUUGCAGAGGAAGUGGACAACUUGGGUAUUCAAGUUCCGGUUGAGCAGUCUUUCACCGAAACAGGUGGCGGAGACUUAGAAUGGCCUGAUAGUGACCGAGCCCGAAAGCGGCCCAGGCUGUCGGACACUGACCAUACUGACAAGCCACUUCAGCCAUCUGUUCAGCAACAAAUCAUGCGGAGACUCACUCUCAAGCUGACGGGCACUGCGGUCGACGAUCUGGCAGGACUAAGUACAGCUGCUCUCCCAGCCUUCAAGAGCGCAAGUGAGACUCAGCAAACCAGUGCGUUGAAUAAAUUGGCGACAGCUCUCUGUAAGAUCUGUCAAGACAACAGUUCUGCUGUCGACUGUGCAGCCUGUGAUGGCGAGAGCGAUAUUCUCGGUGGUUCUGAUCCUGCGGCGGUCGAAAUCUUGAAUACAUUGCUGGCAAUGAUACCUCUUCUCAAGCGCAACUCGCGUGCGCGACUUUCCGCCAUGACCGCCCUCAGACGAGUGCUCCUACACCUUCCGCCUUCCGAAAGGCUGAGCCUGAGUUCAACUGCUGGCGAGUGGACCCUUCAAUGCCUCAGAAGUUCCGUGAGGGAUCUAAGAUUGUGUGCAAUCUCUGUUCUACAAAUCUAUGUGAUGCCUCACAAGAAUUACCCGACGACUAGAGACAAUCGUGUAAUUGCUCUGGACUUCUUGCAGAGCCUGUGGGACACUGGAGAUGCCGCUCUGCAAGAGACGGCUGUACUCUCACUGACGAGAAUGGCACAAGUCACAGGGGACGAGGAACUGAACAUCGUAUUGCUGCGACUAGUCGAAUAUCUAGGCCACAACAAUUCUUACAUCAAUGCGCUCGUCUACGAAGAGAUUCAGCAACUGGCACAGCAUAAGCAAAUCACCACGGACGUGAUGUUUCGCCCGUUCAAGCGGACGCUAGGCCUUGUCGUUGCCAAAAGCAUGUCGCGAAGCCAUUCAUCGUUGAGCAACUCUGCUCCUUACUCGGAGUAUGCCUUACCGUAUUUGGUUUUGCAACAGCGGCGGGACAUGAUUGAGCAAUUCGCUGCUGCACAUGGCUCGUCAACUACUCUUUUCGAUGUGUGUACGGCUCCCAGGAAUUCCGAAGACUUCAGAAAUCUCUCGGCUAUACUGUCGCACCUCCUGGUACAAGGUUACCCAGACCCAGAGGAAACCAUCAUGAAGCUCUUGAUCGGUGUCUCGGAUGACUUUGCAGCAGAAGAUCUUGGUGGAUGGCUCAAUCAUGAUCCAAUUCAGACUGCGUGCACGUUGCUCAAAUGGAUGGGUGACGCAGCGGAGGGGAAGUCUUCUCGGAACUACCAAGCGCUUCAGUUGUUGGCAGCCGUUCUGCUGCGUAAGCCUGGACAGCAAUCCUCAUCAUCCUCGCGACGCGCGGAGACCCUAGGCAUCUUUCUAGAAAAUCAUGCCUUGGGGAUCGUAUCUCACUUCACCGUUCUGCUCAACGACAUUCAAGAGCCAAAGAUCGAGAGAAAGCGAAGCAUACUUGCGCUGGGGGAGACUGUCAGGUUAGGAAAGGGCAGAAUCGUAAAAGCUCUGCCACAAAUAUGUGGCUGUUUACGGGCAGCCCUUCCUGACAAUGAUCUAUGUGACGCUGCCUUUAGCUCGUGGACUGUCAUCAUGCGGUCCCUGAAGGAGGAAGAUAUCAUGCCACUCGUCGACCAGACAGCCGCGAUCAUCGUCAAACACUGGGAGCAGUUCAAUUCUGCGUCGCAAAAAUUGGCCCACGAUGUAAUCGCCGAGCUACUCAAGAACCACACAAGCAUGAUGCGGGAAAUAUUCGAGACGGUCCCAUCGUUUGCUCACAUACCGAUGCUUAGCAAAUUUGAAGGCGAGAUCAAGUCACUCAAACGGCAAAUGGACGAGAGACAUGCGCUCAAAGCCUUUAUCGACCGACUGGAAGACGAAAACGAGAUCGUCGUCGAGCAAACUCUGAAGGAGCUCACUCAAGCAUUGCAUCAAAAGCAGACUUUCCUACAUCGCUCGAUACUGAGCGAGAAACCAGAUCAUCUCGUGGUCGAUAUCACCCGAGCCCUACUGGAUGCAUGCGUGAGGUUUCCUGCUAAUACAGCAAUCAGCGGAUUGUGCGGUCGGUGUAUAGGGACCAUCGGCUGUCUCGACUCGAAUAAGCACGAGAGCAAUAUCGACCGAAAAUCGAUCGUCGUCACGACAAACUUCUCCAAGACUGAGGAGACCGUGGACUUCAUCAUGUACUUCCUCGAGCACAUCCUGGUGAAAGCGUUCCUAUCAGCAUCCACCACACGAGCUCAGGGCUUCCUAGGUUGGGCUAUGCAGGAGCUACUAAGCCUCUGUCAAGACGAAGACAGUACAGCGUCACGCGUAAGAAGUGGCCCAAGCACCGCAUACCGAAGAUGGAAUGACUUGCCGGAGCAUAUCAAGAACACGCUCGCUCCGUUUCAGACUACGAAGUACCGAGUGCAGGAAAUGCGCAAGCCUGAGAAGUGUCAAUACCCUUACUUCGAGCCUGGACUGGCGCAUAAAGACUGGUUGCGCAGACUGGUCGCAGAUUUCCUGCAUCGUGCUUCUGGCAACAACGUCAAGUUGAUCUACGGGGUCUGCAGUCGCAUCAUCCAUGGUCAGGACCUGGCCAUUCCGUCUUUUCUCCUGCCAUACACUGUCCUCAGUCUAGUCACCAGUGGUAUAGAGAGGGACCGCCAGGACGUGUUGACAGAGAUAUUGAAUGUACUCAAGCAGCCGCUAGUUGGACACAGUCGUCGUGUACAGGAAGAAAUAAAGUCAUGCAGCCAGAGUGUCUUCGAAGUCCUUGACUACUUAUCUACAUGGCUACAGAAGCGGCGCAGGAGCUGCAUGGUACCGGCUAUGAAAAACGAUAGCGCUGCUGCCUCUGUGAUUUUACAACUAGCACAAGAGCAGAUACGUUGUGUGGAACAUCUCCUUGGUCAGAUACCGCCUGACCUGAUAUCGCAGCGCGCCAUUGAUUGUAGAUCCUACGCUCGUGCCCUCUUCCACUGGGAGCAACAUGUUCGGAGUGCGGGCACAGCAGAAACUCAGGACUCCGACCUUGCUCGAAUGCAAGACAUUUAUGCUCAGAUUGACGAGCCGGACGGCAUAGAGGGGCUCUCAGCGAAGAUGAACUUUGUCAGCGUUGAGGGUCGCGUCCUGGAGCACAAGAAAGCUGGACGCUGGACCACUGCACAAGGCUGGUAUCAGAUGCAUCUCACCGAGCACCCAGAUGAUAUGGAGGCGCAGCGAAGUCUCUUGGAAUGCCUUCGAGAAUCUGGACAGCAUCAUAUGCUGCUCGAUCGUUAUGACAAUCUCCCAGACGAGCUACCAAAAGGGCAGCUGAAACCAUUCGCGGUUGAAGCUGCGUGGGCGACGUUCAAGUGGAAAGAGAUGUCGCAUCUGGUCUCCGUUGCGCCCAACGAUGACUUUUCUGGUUCUCUGGCCAAGAGCCUGCUAUGUGUACGAGAAGGAAAUGAUGAACAGGCUUUGCAUCUGCUUGAAGACAUGUACAGAUCGACGGCCAUGGAGUUAACGCCGACUGUGAUUACUUCGCUAGAGAACAGUCACGACACUUUACGCAGGCUGCACACCGUUGAAGACCUGCGGCUUCUGUGUACGGCGACAGCAGAGGAUAAAGCUGAAUGUCUCAAAGUCUUGCAAACACGACUUGACGUAUUGGGCUCUAACGUCCGUGACAAGCACUAUCUGCUUACCGUGUGGCGAGCAGCGAUGAAGAUCCGUUCAGACAUCUUCAGCGAAAGCGACAUUGCAUCGACAUGGCUCACGAGUGCUCGUCUAGCACGCAAAGCCAGAGCAUCCACACAAGCGUUCGAUGCCGUACUCGCAGCGACGGCGUUGGGGGACAAAUCCGCAUCCAUUGAGGAGGCAAAGCUCAUCUGGCAGGACGGCCAACCGCGGAAGGCUAUACAGAUGCUUGAGGGUGCCAUAACGUCAGGAGCUUUCACUGCGCACAACUACAUGACUGAAGACGGAUCAGUCAGUCUGACGACGGAGCAGCAGAACUAUCAGAAUGAGCUCACGGCCAAGGCAUAUCUACUGAAAGGCAAAUGGCUUGACAGAGCCGGUCAAACCUCGUCCGAUCAGAUCAAGAACACCUUCCGCAAAUCAACCGAGAACUUCCGCAAGUGGGAAAAGGGCUGGUACUACCUUGGGCGGCAUUACAAUAAGCUUCUGGACUCUCAGAAGAUGAUGCCACCAGGCAAAGAGUCUCAACCCUAUCUCACUGGUGAGUUGGCUAAAUUGGUGAUCGAGAACUACAUGCGCUCCUUGAUGAAUGGGAGCAAGUUCAUCUUUCAGACAUUGCCGAAAGUCCUCACUUUGUGGUUCGAACUAGUCGCCGGCGCAGAUAUCCCGGCAGAUCCGCGUCGCGGAAACGACAAGUUCCUUCAGCACAACAACGCGCAGCGGAGGAAGGUCAUCGAGGAGUGUAACAAAUAUAUCCAGAAAUAUGUUGACCGCAUUCAAGCUGCAGUGUUGUACACGAUUCUACCACAAGUCACAGCUCGGAUCUGUCAUACUAACACUGCGGUCUACACCAUACUGACAAGCAUCGUGGUCAAGAUCGUGCGGGCGUAUCCUCAUCAAGCGUUGUGGUCGCUCCUGGCGGUGUCAAAAUCACAGUCGAAGGAUCGUCAAAGUCGAGGGCUGACAAUCAUCUCCAAAGUCGUUGAGGCACAGAAGAAGCAGAGCUCGACCGCUGCUACGCCGUCCGAGCUACGGAGUCUCAUCACCAGUGGCCAGCGAUUCGCAGACGAAUUGCUGCGGAUCUCAGAGUACCCGCUCGAAGCGAAGACUAGCAGAGUUAGCCUGGCGAAAGACAUGGGCUUCAACCACAAGAUCGCCCCUGUACGACUCGUCGUCCCCUGCGAGUCGUGUCUGACUGGCGCAAUUCCCUCAUCCUACGACAGCGCCUACCUCAAGACCUUCAGAGCCUUCGACAAGGACGCAGUAACGAUCCACUCCUUCCUCGACGAAGCACUCGUCCUUUCCUCCCUCCAGAAACCCCGCAAGCUGACCAUCCGCGGCUCCAACGGCCAACUCUACGGCUUCAACACGAUGAUCAAUCGCUUCCUGAAACGCGACGUCGAAGCCUCCAAACGCCGCCUCUCGAUCCGCACCUACGCGGUCGUACCCCUUAACGAGGAGUGCGGCCUGAUCGAGUGGGUAGACAACCUCAAAACUUACCGGGACAUCAUCCUCAAACUCUACAAAGACAAAUCCAUCACGCCCAACUACGGCGAGAUCCGCACCCUGCUUGACGAAUCCAGCUCCGGUGGACCCGACCGGUACCACAUCUUCACCGAUCGCAUCCUCACGACCUUUCCGGCCGUUUUCCACGAAUGGUUCGUCGAGGCCUUCCCGGACCCAGCAGCCUGGUUCGCCGCCCGCCUGCGCUACACGCGCUCCUGCAGCGUCAUGAGCAUCGUCGGCCACGUCCUCGGCCUCGGCGACCGCCACGGUGAGAACAUCCUCUUCGAAGAAGACAACGGCUCCCUCAUGCACGUCGACUUCAACUGCCUGUUCGACAAGGGGCUCACCUUCGAGAAACCCGAACACGUCCCCUUCCGCCUCACGCACAACAUGGUCGACGCCAUGGGCCCGCACGGCUACGAGGGCCCCUGGAGAAAGUGCUCUGAGCUGACCCUUGCGUUGCUGCGUAAUAACGAGGACGCGCUGAUGACGAUUCUGGAAACGUUUUUGCAUGACCCGACGACGGACUUCUUGGAGCGGGCGAACAGGAAGAAAAAGGCGAUUCCGGGCGUUCCGAAUACGCCGAUGGAGGUGCAGGAGAGUGUUAGGGGGAAGGUCAGGGGCUUCUUGCCCGGAGAGAGUGUUCCGUUGAGUGUGGCCGGGUACGCGCAGGAGAUGGUGCGGCAGGCGACGGAUACGGGGAAUUUGUGUCGGAUGUAUAUUGGGUGGUGUGCUUUCUUUUGA